AUGACAAAAGUUGACCAACCCGAGAUUGUUCUCUACGACUUGGCUUGUACCAAGAAUGUCUGCUUCUCCCCAGUCGUGUGGAAGGUCCGCCUAAUGCUCAACUACAAGAAAAUCCCAUACAAGACCGUCUUUUUGGAGCUUCCCGACAUCGAGCUGACCCUGAAAGAGCUGCAAGUCAUUUCCAACUCUACCUUUCCUACGAUCCAGCAUGUUCCUACAGGCGUUUUCAUCAUGGAUUCUUUGCGCAUCGCUGAAUUCCUAGAAUCUACUCACCCCAACCCUUCAGUGUCUUUACUUUCCGACCUGGGUCUCGAGAUAGAGUCCAAAGGUCGCAGCACCAUUGGCCCAGCAUUUGCCAUCUCAAUCGUACCUCGCGAAAACCUCAUCCUCUCACCCCGAUCCCAAGAGUACUUUCGCGCCAAGAACGAAGCCAAGUUCGGCUGUAAGCUGGAAGAUCUUCUUGAUACAGAGGAGAAGACCUGGGAAGGUGUGAGAGAGAAAAUGGAGGAGCUCAACGCAUUGAUGAUGAUGAAUGGCGGGCCAUUUAUUAUGGGGGAGAUGCCGAGUUAUACGGACUUUUUCAUUGCUGCUUCGCUCCAGUCAGCGAAGACUGUUGAUGAAGGUGCUUUUGAGAGGUGUGUUGGGUUUGCUGGGUUCAGAAGGAUUUAUGAAGCUUGUUUACCAUGGAUGGAGAAGAAGGAUUAG